CGCGUCGCGAAUCUGCCUCUCUGCAGGGCGAAAUGCCUUCCCUACGCGCAUCCGAGUGGCAGAACCUGCCUGUCAGCUUGAAGGAGCUCUGCAUCAAUACCACAUUGCGCUGCGGCCAAUCUUUCCGGUGGAGGAAGUCUGCAGAGGACGAAUGGUCUCUCGCACUCCACGGGCGCAUCCUCUCACUCCGACAAGACUCUGAACGUCUACACUACCGCGCAUCCUUCCCCAGCGCCGCCCUGGCACCCCCUACUCCUCCCGCCUCUACUGUCCCGUCUGCUGCCGAAUCGGUAAAUCAAGACGACGAUGACACCCUCGCCCUCGUCAAGCACUACUUCAACCUCACCCCGAAUCUCGCCCAGCUCUACGACCAGUGGGCGCUGGCCGACCCCAAUUUCAGGAAGAGAGCGCCCAAGUUCACAGGGGUGCGCAUACUGCAGCAAGACGCGUGGGAAGCUCUCAUAGGCUUCAUCUGCAGCAGUAACAACAACAUAUCGCGCAUCUCCCAGAUGGUCCACAAUCUCUGCCUGCACUAUGGUCCGCUGAUAGGCCAUGUUGGAGCCACUCCCUACCACGACUUUCCUACCCCCAAGGCGUUGACCGGACCGAAAGUGGAGCAACAUUUGCAGAAGCUGGGAUUUGGAUACAGGGCGAAAUAUAUCUACAAGACUGCGGUAAUGGUGGAAGAGAAGGGUCUGGACUGGCUCCAGGAUCUGUGUAACCCGGAGAACCCUCCGCUUGGUGUGGAUCCUAAGCCUGCGGGCGAGCUUGUUGAAGGAGGGCGUGGGGGUUACAGGAGAGCGCACGAGGAACUGUUGGCAUUGCAUGGAGUAGGGCCCAAGGUGGCAGACUGUGUUUGCUUGAUGGGCCUCGGUUGGUCCGAGUCGGUGCCCGUCGACACUCAUGUCUGGCAAAUCGCGCAGCGAGACUACAAGUUCGGUAAAGGCAAGCACAGCAGUCUCACCAAGGCAACCUACGAUGCGGUCGCGAAUCGCUUUCGAAGUCUGUGGGGCAAGGAAGCUGGCUGGGCACAUUCAGUACUAUUCACCGCCGAUCUCAAGACCUUCUCAGAGCGGUUGGUAGCCAAAGUGGAAGUGAAGGAGGAAACCGUCGUCAAGAUCGAGGUCGAUGGCAUCAAGCAAGAAGCAGAUAUGGUUCGGAUGGAGACGAUUACCGAGAAACGGGUGAAGCGACCGUUCGUGAAAGAGGAACAUCAAGUUCUAGAAGUCAAAGAGGAGAAGGUUACUCGGAAGAGGGCGAAGAGAACGAAAACCUAAUUGCAUCACAUUGACAUGUAUAAUCAUCGUGUAAGUAUGAAAGGUAACGGGGUCACCAAUUCAAAAUAAUCUCAGCAAUGUUAUCGCGAUCAUCGAUCUAGUUGCAUCAAACUCAAUUAUCUGCGCG